UUGUUUUUUGUUUCUUCCUUUACAAUAUUUUCCUCCAAUUGUUUAAAAAGAUGCAAAAAUUUGAUAGAGCUGAAGAUGUCUCUCUCAUGAGUAUUUAUUGUUCGGUUGUUAGUGAUCUUGUAAUUGCAAGGUCUCAGGAUGCGGAGAUCUUGUGGGCGAGAAUUCACGGGGAACAAACUACGCCAAUGAUAAGGUAUCCCGUAAGAACCACGAUGAUGUUAGAACAGAGAGCUGGUCUUUUGAAAAGGGAGGUAAAAAGAUACGUCUCACAUGUUAGGGAUUACUGUAGGGACAUGGACGACGAAGGAUACAACUUGGAAACGGCAUACCGAGAAGGUCAGCUGAGAUACGAAGAAUAUGAAGUUCGUAGAAAGGUAUGGACACAUGGCGAGGUUUUCCAGGUUCUGAAAAAGCAAUUUCCAGAGGAAUAUGGUCCCCAGUUCUUUGACCUCGAACAUAUGGAACCUCCACCUCAUGGAGCCGAAGAUUAGCGCAACUUCAACACCGUCUCUUUGUAAACUCUCACGAGACUCAACUCGUCCAGUAGGGUCACCUAAUGUUUGAAAGGCUUGUUACACUGGCUAAGUGUAAUUGCGGAUCAAGCGACAAUGACAUAGAUUUAGAAUGUUUCUGUAUUUUUUAUUUUUUUUUUUGGUUUUUUUGUUUUUUUUUGGUUUUUUAUUCUUUUUUGAAUUUAUGUACGUGUGGUAAUGACCGAAGUCACCAAUGAAUAAAAAUAAAGGUAUGGGUACUAAUCAAUGUCGGCUCAUUUGAUUGAUAACAAAAACAGACCUUAACCGGUGAGAUCCUCUUUAUGUCUUUCUUAGGUGGUUUUGUGUCACUGCUCCCUCACCAUUUAUUACUGAUAGACGCAUUUAUAUGUCUAUUCUGAUCCCAAUUGUAUAUAUUGUU